GGGCGCCUGCCCUCCCCUUCGCCCCUCGCUCCUUCUUCCCCUUCUCGCCCUCCUAUUCCCUUCCUUUUGCGCCGCCGCUCUCCUUCAGCCUCCUCCUGAUUCUCCCUCGCUUCUCCUGGCCCUUUCCCUUCCUCCUUCCCUCUCCUCUUCGCGUCCUUUCCAUUUCUUCCACCCCAGCCUCAGAUUUAUUUCCUUCAGCCUUCGCCACUCAUACUUUACCCCCUUCCUUGCGCCAUUUCCCAUUUCCCUCCCUCAACUUUUCUUUCAUUCCUUCGUUUGUUUUCUCCACUUUCCCUCCGUCGCAUAUUAUUCGCUUCCUCGCCUUAUAUUGCCUUCAGCCCCUUCAUUCCCUUUUCCCUUCCCCUUGGCGCCCGGGCAGAGACCCAGAGGGGACCCAGUCGCUUGGGGGACACUUCCCUUGGCUACUGCGUUUGGAAAGCAAGAAGGAAGCUUUCUUUGGCGAAAACGGGGGUGGUGGUGACCAUCAGUGGGGCUUGUGCAUUUCAUAGAAUUGUAGAGUUGGUUCAGCCCCCUGCAGUUCAGGAAUCUUUUGUCCAGCAUGGGGCUCAAACCCACAAGCCUGAGAUUGAAAGUCUCCUGCUGAGCUGUUCCCCUGAGGGCUAGUGCAGGACAUUUUGCCACCUGAGGCCAAGGAUGAGAAUUCACCCUUCCCAUCCUAUGCAUUUAGUAAUUUGUUAGGUUUCUACCUCGUCUUUCCCCAUACAUGCCUCUUUCCCCCAUUAUCUGUGCAACAGGCCUGUAGAAGAGGUUAAGCCAUGGGUAGGCAAACUAAGGCCCAGGGGCCAGAUCCGGCGCAGUCACAGAUGGUCCGGGAAUCAGCGUGUUUUUACAUGAGUAGAAUAUGUGCUUUUAUUUAAAAUGUAUUUCUGGGUUAUUUGUGGGGCCUGCGUGGUGUUUUUACAUGAGUAGAAUGUGUCCUUUUAUUUAAAAUGCAUUUCUGGGUUAUUUGUGGGGCAUAGGAGUUUAUUCAUUCCCCGCCCCCAUAAAAAAAAAUAUAGUCUGGCCCCCCACAAGAUUUGAGGAACAGUGGACCGGCCCCCUGCUGAAAAAGUUUGCUGACCCUUGGGUUAGGCUAAGAGACUGGGCCUAUGAGUGGCUUUGAACACUGCUCUCCUUGAUCCUCUAACCACUAGACCACACUACAGAGGCCCACCAGACUGGCAGAUGAAACUUCACUGCUAACAAAACAGUCCGUCACUACAACAGGUUGGCCUAGUGGGCACAGGGCAGGCUGCAUGGCACUCACAGCUCUGUGGAGCAGGCAGGGAAGGAGCAUCACUGCUUAUUUCACAGUGAGUAUGGCAAUGCUCUCCGUGACAAAUAAAUAAGCUUUUACUCAUUCCUCCUUUUUCUUCCAAAGACCUUUUUAUCUCCCCAGGCUUUAUUAACCUCUGCCUAACCCCCUGUACAUAGAUCGUUUUCGGUACUGCCUAUUACUGUAUUUAAAGUGAUUUGUAUUAGUUCUUAUGAACUGCCUUGGGAAUUUUGAAUGUAAGGUCAGGUGCAUAAAUACUUUAAAUACAGUGGUACAUCUACUUACAGACGUGAUCUGUUCCGGGGUGCCAUUCGCACCCCGAAAAAUCUCUAAGUUGAGCUCCACUUCUGCACAUGCACGUGACACAAUAGAGUGCUCCUGCGCAUGUGCAAAGUGCGCAGAAUGCUUCUGUGUGCGCACAUGGCGAAACCUGGAAGUAUACACUUCUGUGUUUGCCACGUUUGCAACCCAAAAAUCCGCAACCUGAACCUAACGAAACUAGAGGUAUGACUGUAAAAUACAACAAAAAGUCUACCGGUCAUUUUCUUUUGCACCCUCUCUGUUUUCUCCUACCCGUCCCCUACACCAACCUUCAUCUGAUGUAGUUGCUUUGUUGCACUCGAGUAACAGCUAGACACAAUAGGUUUGGCAGCUGUUGGGGGCCGGCCUUUCCCAGUUCCUAAAAAUGACUUGUUCUGCCAAGUGGAAGGAUGUAAAUCUUGAUAUUAUUAGCUCCUUGGCGCCUUUCUUGGCACCCAAAUCAGGCCUGGAAGAAUGGGGUCAUGGCUUCAUACUGUGAAUCUUCAGCUGUUACCUUACCAACCUGUGGGAAAGUGUCAGGAAAUAGCAUAAGGAUGAAGAGACGCACUUAAUUCAGUGCACUUCUACUUUGAUGUGAUAAGCAGACAACUGUAUAGUAAAGAAAUUAAGAAAGGGAGAGAGGAAUGUACAGUUAAACCCCCUUCCUCAGUAAACAACUGAUAUAGUAGUAUAUUAAUCAAGACCUAACCAUGUCCUGGUGAAUUCAGGAUAGAGUGGCGAAAGCAGAGUGGAAAGGAUAAAAAGCUAAUUACCUCUGCUUCUGUUAAUAUUUAAUAAAGUGCUGGUUUUACUGUACAUGAUCCCAAUCAUAUACAAGAGUUAAUUGCAUUAAAUCUGGAGGAGCAAUUUAAGAUCUCCAGGCUGUGGCUGCUCAUCCAGGCCUUCUCUGAACAAUCAGAAUUGCUGGACUGUGUACAGGCCUUGAGAAGAUUGCCCAGGGGGUCAGAUAUGGGCCAGAGGCCUGACAUUUCGUGUAUCUGCAUAAUUAGCGGAACAGAUAGAUACUUAUGAGAAAGAUCAGCUGACUCCUAAGAUCUAUACUACUGAUAGGUGCAGUUUUAAGGCCUGGUCUCCACUACUGUAUAAGCAUAGCCAGGAAUCAGUUAUUACCACUGUGCUUGUCCAGAACUACAGCUGGAAGAUCCUAUCACAAUUAUUAUUCUCCUUAUGGUCCUGCAAAUGUGUCCUUUCUCCCUUCUCAUAUCUGUUUUAUGCAUGGAUAAAACAUGCAUUUUUAAAAUCUUAUAUUUUGUUUUUAUCUUUUUGUUUUCUACACUGCCUCAAUAUUUUCAAAUGGUGCAUCGUUUAUGAAUUAUUUAAAUAAAUCAGUAAGUACACCUUGGUCAUUCACAGUUUUAUGGAGUGUACGUAUCUGUCUGCCUGUCUGUCGUCUGUCUUUUCCUACUUUUUGUCCAUGCCUAAGUCGAACUAUCAACAAAACAAAUUUGCAGUGAGUCACUGACUUGUAGGACUCACAUUGUGGAACUCCAAAACCACAAGAUUGUUGCUAAUUACAGUGGCAAUCAAGAUGUUAAUGGAGUAAUUUGAAAGCUGUCACAAUCACAUUUUCCCAACAUCGCACAAGUGCACAUCUGUGCAAUUCUGGCAACGUAAUAAACAUUUCAAAAGGAGGAUGAAGCAGCAAAUUCCUUCUGCUCAGACAAUGUGCAUAAUAUAGGAGCCCAGGAAGGAGUAAACAAGCCCAAAUAAGCUAUAUGCAAUGCUGCACGAAAUCAAAUAUGUAAACCAUGAAAUGAGGCAUACUCUUAAAACACAUCUGCACCAUGCUAAAAUCAGAUAUACUAUCAUGUUGUAUCUCAUUACUACAGUCCACAAACACUGGGGCUUCAGUCCUCUGUGGUCCUCUAAUAGACCUCAACAUCAGAAUUCAACUAGAAACAUUGAGCUUCUCUGCUCUUAGCAUGAAACUUGAGUAGACACCUGAGCACUUAAUAGUUAUAAUGUAAUGCAGGCACAGGCAAACUCGGCCCUCCAGAUAUUUUUGGGACUACAACUCCCAUCAUCCCUGACCACUGGUCCUGUUAGCUAGGGAUGAUGGGAGUUAUAGUCCCAAAACAUCUAGAGGACCGAGUUUGCCUAUGCCUGACGUAAUGGCAUUUUAAAAAAUAAAACUGUUGUGAAGGAGCACAAAUAUAAAUGUAAGGCAUUGAUUUGAAAGGUUGCAUUACAGAGAUCUAAUUCUCUCAGCAGAUGUUUCUUACCAGUAGAACUAGACGGCAGGGAGGAACAUUCUAGUCCAACCCCCUGCAAUGCAGGAAUAUGCAGCUGGCCCAUACAAUGAUCCAACCUGCAAACUUGGAAUUCUCAGCACCAUGCUCUAACCAACUAUGCACUAUGUAGAUGAUAAUGUCAGGGAGAGGAUUUUAAUCUAGCCUAGCAUGACAGUUUAAUAUCUGUAGGAAUGCCCCCCUCCAGUUAAGAUACAGGUUUACCACCUCAUUGCUGUCUGUGAGAAUUAGACUGCAAUCCUAUACAGUGGUACCUUGGUUUUAGAACAGCUUAGUUUAUGAAAAACUUGGAAAUAGAACGCUGCAAACCCAGAAGUAGGUGUUCCAGUUUGUGAACUUCGCCUUGGAAGCUGAACAUGUUGAGAGUGUUCCAUUUCUAAAUUGAGUCCCCUGCUGCUAAUCAGAAUCUUCCUGUUGAGUCUGUUGGCUGUUGAGUCCCGAGCACCCAGAGGUGAUAUUUGGAGCUUUUGCAUUUUGUUUUUUGUGUUUUUGUUUAUGUCGCUUUUUCAUUUUUUUGACCCACUAGUUCUUCCUUUUAUGGGACUGACUUGUGACUGUGGCUUGUGACUUCAUUUUUGUGACUGUGUGGAACCCAGUUCAGCUACUGGUUGGUUGAUUGUGUGGCUGCAGAAAUGGAUAAAAGCCCCCCAUCCAAACAAUGACUAUCAUCAAUGCACGUAAGAACAAAAAUUAAUUUUAAUUUUUAUCAUCCACAAUACCGUCUUAUUUAUUUUAUAGUACAGUGCAUUGAUUAUUGCUUUCAUUUUAUGGAUCAAUGGUCUCACUAGAUAGUAAAAUUCUUGUUAAAUUGCUGUUUUAGGGGUUGUUUUUAAAAGUCUGGAACAGAUUAAUCCAUUUUGCAUUACUUUCUAUGGGAAAGCACACCUUGGUUUUAGAACACUUUGCUUUUGGAGCAGACUUUUGGAACAGAUUAAGUUUGGGAACCAAGGUAUCACUGUACACAUCUGAGCCUCAUCUGCGCUACACAUUUAAAGCAGUUUCAUUCCACUUUAAACAGUCAUGGCUUCUUCCCAGAAGUCCAGAACAAUACCAGCACAUUGCUUACUUAGGCAAGGCAACAUUCAGAGUGCCUCACUCUUGCUGUCUCUUGCAGGGCAGGGAUCUGCUUGCUUUCAAUGAGGCUUCUCUAUUGCAUGGGUAGCAUGGAGCCAAAGCAAUCUAAGCACUUUGGAGGAAACAUCAGCCCUUGAGCCUGUCGCAGACAUGUGCCAAACCUCAAGCCCAAUGUAAGCAUGUUUAUUAAAAAAUAUUUUAAAAGCAGUAAUAGCGCCCAUUAUAGUGGGGCGAAUAUGAAGCUGCCGUCCCAGUAACGGCAUUGCAGCAGCUUAGCUGAAUAGCAUUGGGUUGGAGCAGGGCAAAAUAAUAAUAAUAAUAAUAAUAAUAAUAAUAAUUUAUUUAUAUCCCUCCCUCCCUCCCCAGCUGAAGCUGGGCUCAGAGCCGCUAACAACAGUAAAAAUAACACAGUUUUCAUAAAAUCAUAAUCAAUUAAUUGAAAUACAUUCUAAAAUCAAUUCAUUCUAAAAUUAAUUCAAAAUCAAAUUAAUGGCAACCAUUGGGCUGGAGUGCUAUGAGGAUUACAGAAGGAGGGGGUCAGACUGCGCCUUGGCCAAAGGCCUGGUGGAACAGCUCUGUCUUGCAGGCCCUGCGGAAAGAUGUCAAGUCCUACAGGGCCCUAGUCUCUUGUGACAGAGCAUUCCACCAGAUCGGAGCCACAGCCGAAAAAGCCCUGGCUCUGGUUGAGGCCAGCCAAACUUCCCUGUGGCCCGGGAUCUCCGAGAUGUUGUUAUUUGAAGACUGUAAGAUCCUCUGUGGGACAUACCAGGAGAGACGGUCCCGUAGGUACGAGGGUCCUAGGCCAUGAAGGCCAGGCCUAUGUAGGAUUGCCAGAUUGACUUCAGCAGUGCACACACACACCCCAGCCCUCACCUCACCCCUCACAGCCUCACACCAGCAUAGUCCAGAUAAGCUGUAGCGAUGGCAGUGUCAGGAGCAUGGUUCCAUGGCUCUGCUCCACUCCACUGAUGGCUACUGACAUGGUAAUAUGGUACUUUGAAAAAGCAAACAAACACUAAAGGUUUGGUGAGGUUAUACAAGUUGGGUAACCUCAAAAGUAAGGCAGCAUGUUGGAUCCUCAGUGUUUGGGACUGAAUGAAUAAAGGCACUGCAUUGUAAGUCACAUCUACACCAUGCAUUCAAAGCACUUCUCCCAAAGAAUUCUGGGAAAUGGCUACCCAAGCUGCCCACCCGAACAGGAAUAGAAUGGAUCUUUCUAACAGAAGGAUUGGCUGAAACAUUAUGCUACCUAUCACCAAAUGGAAUAAGUUUUAUGUCUCUGGAAAACAUCUGAGGAAGACAGAAGUUCCACAGGAACAUAAUCUCUCAUCACAAUGCUGUGGUGGUGGGAAAACAUGUGCUAGAUGCUCACAUAGGUAUAAGGAGCCGUGGGGUGGGGCUGAGGCUGAAAGAGAGUCACUGAAUUCAUUUGAAUUAAUGUGGUGCUCUGAGAGUAUAUGAGACAAAAUGAAUGCAAAUAACAGGCCGGUGUCACGUGUUGUAUAGAGAUAAUUAUUUUGUACAUGUUUUCUGUACCAAUUAAAUAUGCUUAUGUCACAGGAGUUAUUCUGUGCUAUCGAGCCACUUUCACAAUACUCAAAUCUGGCUCAACAUUCUCUUUCUCAGAUAUGGCAGGAGAAACACUCUCAUUGUAAUGCAGAACACAGGUCCUUAAUGUGUACUUUGCAGGGAGGGGAAUAUACACGCAACAUUUACGCAGAGAAUUUAAGAGCAGUCAAAGUGAGAAAAAAUGAUACUUCUGGCCAGAGUUGGGCUUCCAUUCCUGCACUCCUCUAAUGUUUCUGGACACCCUUGGCAGAUGAUUGUAAAUUUAAUCAUAUCCACAAAGAUUUACCAUGCAAAACUGCAUUUAGGAAACAGUUACUCUGUUGUAUGCUUUAGGUAGCUGAUAUGCAGCUAGCGGCAUACUUUGAAGAGGCACCCAUCCCAACUGAUGGAAGCACGGGAGGAAGCUGGAGGAAACAUAAGGACAUUCUAACAGCUUGCAUAGAACAUCUUCUGUAUUCAACUAACCUAGACUCAACAAGUGAGAGUAUAAAUUGCAUGGCUUCAGCUACCAUUGAUUUUAGUACAGAACAUUUGUGCAAGAUAAGUAUCAGAAUAAGGGCCAUUCUGAGUUUAUAUGCAGCAAGUUGUAACCAAUGGUAUCCCUGCACUCAUGGAGGACUCUUGAAUGCAGUGGUUCCCAUGAAUGGAAAGGGAUGAGAGCUUUUGUCUCCCAUGCCACCACUCAUGGUGUUCCAAAGUGUCUUCCAAUCCUCUGGAGCAGACUGGGGUGUGUGUGUGCAUUGGGCUGUGAAAGGAAGGGGAAUCAGCAAAAAGAAAUCACAUCCUCUCAUGGAUCAAAGAGCCCUCCAUCUGCGAAUGAGACCCAACAUGCGAAAGGGAAGGCCUCAACACAUCACCCAAGUCUGCUGUGAAAGGUUGGGAGAGAACCCGCCAGAGCAAAUUUGGAGGAGAAGUUGGAGGGGAAAGAACAGAAACUGGAAGUUGUGUUGCUCAAGUGGAUUUCCGUUUGUCACUUUUCAUUUUUUAAAAGGUACUGUAAUUCCAAGUGACGUUGAAAUAAAGUUGUAAGUUCCAGCUGAUAAAACAGAAGAUCAAAAGAUAGGAUUAAUUUUGUUGGAGGGACUGUUUCUUAGAUGAAGUUGGAAUGCUUCAAAAACAAAAUCGGGGAGGGGGGUGGGGAGAGAGAUCUGGUCUUUCGUUGUUGUUUUUUUUAAAUGAUAUUUAUUGAAAAAUUUUUAGAAUUACAGAAAAGAACACAGCAGAAAAAGAAAAAAAGAAAACAAAGAGAAAACAAACCACAUCAAACAAUGUAAAUUCAAAAAAACAAAAAUACACCACAAACAGAUAAAAACAAAUCCAUCAUUCUCGAAUCCUCAACUUUCAUUACCUUCUUUCUUUGACCUCCUCCUCCUCCCUUUUUUGUAUCCUAGUUAUUAAUUAUCGCAGCAAAUCCUUUCCAUAUUUCAUAAUAUUCUGUCAUUACAUUACCUUAAUCUAUUUUCAUCUUAUCUUAUAGAAAACCUUAAAACUUAAAACUUAACUCUUAUUUUUACCAACUUCUCAUAACCAUAAUAUUCUUACCUAAUUCUUUAGACAUUUUUGCUAGAGCCAAGUAAUUUCGUUCCAACAUUUUUCUAACAUUCAUCAAUUUUAUAAAACAAUCCUAGUAAUAAAAAGAAAGAAAUAAAAACAAUCCAAUCUUCAUCCAGCGUCCCUUCCUCCUGGUCCCGGGUUUUGUCAGUCCUCUUUAUCCCAUUGAUCUAGCGCAUUAACCUGGUAACCUUAUAUCCGAGGCCCUUAAGUCUCUUCCAUGUCCCUUCCGCAGCUCUUCUUCAUAUUCUCCUUUCACACAUGGGAACUCCAGCUUGGUAAUGUUUUUGACCCUUUUCAACAAAUCAGCCUGUUUUCCAAAGUCCAGACUAAACUCCAUGUGGUAUUUAAAAACAUGUUUCAGAAUCUCUCCAAGAUUAAGAGCCCCCACAGCCCCAAACAUCUCACGGCCCAUUGCCAGACUUGGAAAGUCCAAACAUCCCUGCAUAGGGGGGUCUAUCCAACCCCCCAUUUCCAAACCAGUCCAAACCUUAUCUUUCCAAAUCUGGCUUUUUCCAAGUUCAUUUGUCAAAUCCAAAAGCUCAUGUUCCUGCAGGGCCACAGCUCCCUCCAUCUCUGGCGCCCAAGAUUCAGCAACAUCCUCUUCUCUCAUCUGUUCUGUCAGGGCACACUCCUGGUUUAAUUCCUGGGUGGGCUCCACAUAGUUUCCCACUGCCUGUUCAAAAAUUCUGACCGCAUUAGUCAUCAAAUCCGUAUUCUCAUUUAACUGUUCCAGUAGGGCAUUUGUUUUACAGAGAGCACACAACAGAGCUUCUGAAUACAUUGUCCUACAAGGUCACAAGUCUAUUUCCCACGAUUGUAAUCUGUAACAGCUGCAAGCUCCCUGGAAUUAGUUACAGUUUCACAGUCUCCCUCUAGGGGGAAAACUUCUAUUUGUUCUUUCUUUUAAGGACGAAUCUAGCAACAAAGUUUCCUUUUUGAGAUAUUUUGUCAAUAUUUGUUCCUUUAAAAUGCGAAAGGGAACAGUGGAAUCACUAUGUUUCUCUUCUUUUAGCUAUCUGUCAAAAGCGUUUGUCUCUGGUCAAUGAGCUUCAAACGUCAGUCCUGACACCCCGCUCCAGGAUCAGGACGGUGGAAAGUUACUUUACUUUAAACUCACUUCUGCAGGUUUAAACAGUCCGAAAAGAUCCCCCUUCUUCUCCUGCUUCCGAAGGGGGGUUCAACAAUUUUAAAUGAUGAAAGUUAAUCUUUUAGAAGCGAUUUUCUGAGCUCUAGUUUACGUUGUCUUUGCUUUAUUCUGUCUACAAAGAAACGGAAGGCUGACUUCCUGUUUAGACCUUCCCGUUUCAGUGCCAAAUUGAAGUAAAUUUUUAAGUCCAAUUCCUUUCUGCUCGCAAGUCCUUAUUUAAAGUCCAAUUGUCCGAAAUUUAAGUACUCACGGGUGAUUAUUUUAGAAGCCAAAUUGUCCCAGGAAAAGGGCAGCGCUCUCCGGCAACGGCUAUGCGGCUUCACUCCACGGAAAAAGCAGUUGACUCUCAGCACCGCGCCACUUCCCCCUCUUCGCUUCGGAGCCCGUUAGUGGGUUCCUUUGCAGGCUGGGGGGGCGCUAAGGGUGCCCGCCGAGUCCCAUGGUCACAGGCUUCAUCCGCCUGUGAUUUUUAAAAGGGUCCCCGCUUCGCCGUAGCGGAAAAGACCCGUUUCACGCGGAGCUAGUCCCUCCAGAUCAGAGGGAGUCUGCCAUUGCCGAUGGCGCCACCCCGGAAGUCCUCGAGAUCUGGUCUUUCGUCAUAAAUUUGUUCUGGUGUAAAUUCUACCAGUCAUGCAUUCCUCCCUCGCUUCUUUUAUGCUACAUAUUAAAGUUUAAUUAACAGCAGUGGCACUGCGUUGGUGCCUAGAGGCUGGCAUUCUCAUUAAGCACUGCCCUCAGAGAACUUCCCCCAGCACGUAUUGCAUCAGUGGCAUCAGAGUUCCCAUAAGAUUUCAGAGUGUGUUUCCAGGGUGUUCUGAUAGAGGCUGAAGAUAAUGAGGAAAAUUUAUAUAUCUAUGUAUAGAGGAAUCUGAAAGCAAUUACGGCCUUUGGGAAUAUUGUAUUACAGGAAUCUGUUGCAUUACAAGAAUAUUCGGGUGUGAGAAUCUAAAUUAUUCCUGUUUGAUUUACUGGGAAUCUGAAAUAUUUUUGAAGAAGUGCACAGUCAGAACAUCAGUAGUCCAUCAGCAACAGUGAUGUUUACAUAUGUAUGUAUGCUUUCAGAAUUCCAUCCUGCUUUUUUCCACUGUGCAAACUCAACAGGGAUAACAGCCUAGAAAUGGAAUUCAUAAAGCUAUACCAAUAUAUGUGGUGGAGAUUACGAAGCAAUCCCAUGUUUGUUUAUUUAGAAGCAAAUCUCAUUGUGUCUAAUGAGAUUUACUCCCUGGUACAUGUACAUAAUUUAGGGCUGCAGCAAUCAGCACAUACUAACCGCUUCCCCAAUCAAAAUCCAUACUAGUUGGACUGUUCUCUUUGCAACUGGAUCUUAAAUAUAACUUCUUAAAUCUGAAAGACGUACAACUGCUUUUGGUAUUUUAUAAUUUGUAAGCAUGUUAGGUGAUAUAUAAAUCAUAAAAAUAGUGGAAGAUGCCCAAUAUAUUAAAUAUAUGGGCCCUUCUGGGUCAUUUGAUGGGUGAAAGAUACAUUCCUAGCAACUCUGAAAUGAUUAGUUGUGAGGAUUUGUGACUGUUCGUAAAUGCUCUUUUUGUGUUUAAAUGCUUUUAAUUGUUUUAAAUAUGUUUUCUUUUAUCAGAAUUGUAUUGCUUUUAUUGCUUUCUUGUCUGCCACUCUGGGCUCCUUUGGGAGAAAGGGCAAGAUAGCAAUUUCAUAAACAAACAAAUACAUCUCUGUGGGUUGGUAGCCAGGGCUCCAAUUUGCAGUGGUUCCGCUCCUACAUGGCAGGCACUUUUGUUGCUCCUCCUGACAAUUAUCCUGUUGGCUGCCUCCAGAGAUAAUGUUGUCUCUCGUGGUUUUAAACAAAUGCCAUUAUUAUCCUGAUAACACUCACCCUAUUUAUCUUACUAUUAUGAGAUCCAGGAGGAGCUGUGGCUUUCAAUAAAGAGUGCCUGAAGUCAGUGGUGGCUUGAAUGAAGGUGACUAAACUGAAAGCCAGUCCAGACAUCAGAUCUAUGUUAGAUAUGUUCAUGCAAAAUUGGACUAUCAGUAUUGUUUCAGGCUGAAGACUGCUCAGCAGCAAAUUCCAAGACUUGACUCCUUGGACAAAUGCUUGUUCUUAUAUAGAAAAUAUAGGUAAAGGGACCCCUGACCAUUAGGUCCAGUCGUGACCGACUCUGGGGUUGCAGCGCUCAUCUCGCUUUAUUGGCUGAGGGAGCCGGCAUACAGCUUCCGGGUCAUGUGGCCAGCAUGACUAAGCCGCUUCUGGCAAACCAAAGCAGCGCACAGAAACACCAUUUACCUUCCUGCUGCAGUGGUACCUAUUUAUCUACUUGCACUUUGACGUGCUUUAGAACUGCUAGGUUGGCAGGAGCUGGGACUGAGCAACGGGAGCUCACCCCGUCACGGGGAUUCAAACCACCGACCUUCUGAUCGGCAAGUCCUAGGCUCAGUGGUUUAACCCACAGCGCCACCCGUGUCCCUAUAGAAAAUAUAGCAGACCCUAAAAAAACUGAGGUUCCAACCACCUGAGAGUUCUUCCUUUCCUACUAAGCUUCUGCAGAGUGCCUAGGAUGCCCAUGGCCAAGGCCAGCCUAAAGGGUUGAGGUGCCAUAAGCAAAUUAAAAUGUUGCCACCAACUUUGUGUCUUCUUCUGUGCUGGAGUGCAUUAAAAACAGCACAUUACGUGAUCAAGUGUUUGCUGGGAGAUCCAUUUUUUCAUUUUCAUUCUUAAUUCCUGUCACUUAGUUACUGCCUCCCCUUUACAACCUUGCCCCUCGCCCUGGCGACUGAUGGAGCUGAGGAAGCUCCAGAACAUAUUUCUUUAAAUGUAUCGGAUAUCAUGCAGCAGCUGCUUGUUUUUGUUUUGUUUUGUUGCUGAAUUUCAUGGAGACUGGGAGUGGGUGAAAGUUGGAAAAGAAAAUCAAUCUGGAGGAGAGAUUUUGGAGGCUGCACUGUGUAGGAAGGGCAGUGUCAACUUUUUUUAUUUUAAAAAAGCUGUUUUUACUUCAAUAUAAUUAUUAAAAUGCAACUUCAAGUGGCACAGGACAUUGACAGCCAGUGGUCAUCUGGACUGCCAUGUUCCCUCACAAGGUCUCUAUUAUUUUUCUUCAAACCUUGUUCUGUGCUUUAAUUUGAUACUUCAUUUGCCUAUCUAUGACCACAGUACAGUGUCCAAAAAAUUAUCCAAAGUUGGCUUUGACUUCAUGAAUAAAUAUAUAGAUAAGCAUUCCAUUUCAAUCCAAGAUUUCUAAAAAGCCAAGCCCCAGGUAUUAUCACAAGCAAGUCUGGAAACAAAAGGGAGGUGCUUUGUCAUCAAGGCAGCAAAAUUAAAUUUUCUCCAGCUAUUGCCUGAGCAUCAUCCAAAUGGGGGGAAAUUAUGAGCUUGCUUUAAAUCUUCCACUGAAGUUCAUUUCCUGCAAAUUUGAUCAGGAGUGCACUAUUGACAGAGAGAGGAUCUGUUCUAUUCUUAGGAUGAUAUGCAGCUGUUCCUAGAUAAACCUGCAUAUAAUCCUAAUAAACGGUGGAAAUCAUAGGCAACUGUGGAAACUGUAAGAAACUGUAUAUAAGAAACUACAAACUGUAGAAAUUAUAAGAAAAGUAAUUAAAUUCACUCUUGAUAUUAUUAAAAAUUGCAUCUUAAUAGAAAUAUAGUUGUGAGUAUAAUUUAACACUACAUGAAUGAUUUCAUGCCUAAAAUGAGUCAAUGUCUUAAUCUCUUCCAUUUUCCUUCCCUUUGAGAUAUAUUACUGCCCUGCAAUAUAAUCCAUGCAACAAAAGCAAAUAAUCUUGUUACAGUAAUUACUCUGUGGUCAAGCCUUAAAGCAGCCUUCACCUGGUGCUGUCUCAUGUUUUGGAAUGUAUGUAAAUAUUACUGUAUUUUAAUGUUUGGUUGGAAGCCACCCAGAGUGGCUGGGGUAUAAAUAAAUUAUUAUUAUUAUUAUUAUUAUUAUUAUUAUUAUUAUUAAAAAAUGCUGGCUGGGGCUGAUGGGGAUCGUAGUCAAACAAAACAUCUGGAGGGCACCAGUUUGGAGAAAACAGCUUAAAAAAUAUGUUUUAGCAGCCAGUCUUGGAAUACUCUUUUGUCAGCGUUGCAUUCCUAGUUUUUAUUUUGUCAUAUGGUAAUGAUUCCAACUUAACAUAUGAAACUACUGCAAAAUGUCUCCUUCUUCAACUGAUAUUGGGUUUUUUCCUCCGGGCUCAAGGGGCUCCAAAGUGGGUAGGAUUAUAUCCCUAGUAUAGGGAUGGAGACCCUGAGGUCCUCCAGAUGCCAGCAGGCCAGAUCCUUAUCUCCCUUACCUCUCCCAAGCUCAUUUGACAGGUAGGUGGGUGGGGCAAGGCCACCCACUUCUCAAUCACCUGUUGUCAGAUGAUGACUGCUGGGACUUUGCUGGGCAGGCUUCAGGUCACCACUUAUCAGUUGAUGGGCGGUGACUUCCAGGCAGCUUUGUGCUCCAAUCCUGUUCUGCAGUCGAUCCAGUCUGGUCUCUACCUCCUCUACUUCAUAGGUCUGGUGUGUGGCGAGUGGUUAGGGGGGAAAGGCCUCAUGCCCCAUUGAGACUCAUGCCAGACCAAAACUGGACCCUUUCCCUCGCUGCUGCCCGUUGGGGCUGAGGGGAGCUGGGGUUCAGCAGGGAAGGGAGGGGGGAAUCACAGGCUGCCCCAUCCAGGGCCUAAGGAAUUGCAACAGGACCCCCAACCACCUUAGAAUCAUGGACUUGGAAGGGACCACAAAGGUCAUUUCAUCCAAUCCCCUGCAAUGCAGGAAUCCUCUGCGCAAUGUGGGGCAAUCCUGACAAGAAGUCUCAUGCUCUACAGCUAUCCCUUAAUCCAGCCUUGUGUUUGCCCAUAAUUGCAGUGGUUGCUAAGGUUGCAUUGCAUGGCUUGUUUAGAGAACGGAGGGAAAUUUUUGCAGCCCUGUAUCAGGCAGUUUUUAAUGUUUGUUACUUUGCUAUGUUUUAUAUACAGCCUUACCUAGAGUUAAAGUUGCUUCAGGUUGAGCGUUUUCAGGUUAUGCUCCGCGGCGACCUGAAAGUAAUGGAAUGCAUUAAUUCUGGGUUUUGCCGCUCGCACAUGAGCAGACGCUCAAAAUGACGUCACGCACAUGCACAGAAGCGGCAAAUCGCGACAUGCGCAUGCGCAGACAUGGGUUGCGUUCUGCUCAGGAUGCGAACGGGGCUCCGGAACGGAUCCUGUUCGCAUCCAGAGCUACCACUGUAUGCUGUAAGCCGCCCAGAGCAGCUGGGAGAAAUCCAGCCAAAUGGGCGGGGUAUAAAUAAUAAAAUUACAGUCAUACCUCGGGUUAAAGUUGCUUCAGGUUGAGCAUUUUCAGGUUGCGCUCUGCGGCGACCCAGAAGUAAUGGAGCAUGUUACUUCCGGGUUUCGCCGCUUGCGCAUGUGCAGACACUCAAAAUGACGUCAUGCGCAUGCGCAGAAGUGGUGAAUCGCGACCUGUUGACGCGGGUUGCGUUCUCUUCAGGAUGCGAACAGGGCUCUGGAACGGAUCCCGUUUGCAUCCAGAGGUACCACUGUAUUAUUAUUAUUGCACGUUAUUAUUAUUAAGGCCUUAGCACCCUUUCGGCAACUGUAGCCGGCAGAUAGCCAUCCUUCCUUUCGAGGAGGGGCAGGGAGGUCUUACCUCCCCCCCAAUAAAAUAUUGGGGGGGAGGUAAGCGGCGCCCCACACAAUCACAUGACGUGGCACGCGCACACUACUGUAUUUGAAUGGCAACGCUCAUCAACUUCGAGGAUUCUGGUCCCUCAAGUAUUUUAUUGGGGCGGCCGAAGGGACCCCUAGGAGUUGGCUGCUGCGAGGAAGGGCAAGAUGCACGCCCCCCCCCCCCCGCGCCUCAGGAAAGCGGAGCCCCUUCGAGUCCACCUGAGGCGCUGCUUGCGCAGCCCGCCAGGGCGAAGCGGAGGCGUUUCGCGCGCGGCGCCCCGUGCACUUGGCCAGGUUCGCGGGGCGGGGCGGGGCCGGCGGCGAGGCGGGGCCGCGCGGAGCGGAGCAGGCGGCCGGGGAGCCGGAGUGGAGCCGCCUGGGCGUGAUGGCGCUGCAGCUGGUGGUCAUGGGAGUGAGCGGCUCCGGGAAGUAGGUAGAGGGCGCGGGGGAGAGGGCGGCAGGGGGCGGCGAGGGGCGCGGGAGAGAGGAGGAGAAGCUCGUUUCGCCGCCGCCCUCCUCCUCAUCCGGGUCUCCGAGAACUUCCCUCUCGCAGCUUUGCUCCGAAAGGUCUCUUCAGUCUUCUCUACGUUCACAGCGUGGUUCUCCUUUCCCGGGCUGCUCCUUACCCGACCUUCGCCUUCAGGUCCCCGGGGGGUUUGCAACAGUGUGAAAGCGCAAGAGGCGAGGCGCGGAGACAAAGGUGCCCCCAAGCUCCCGUGUUCCCCGUCCUCACGUGCCUUGACUUGCUGGGUUCACGCUCGUGUAGGAGCUGCCGCUGGAGGGGAUGCCCAGCAACGCAGGACACGUGUGUGAGUUCCAGGCACGGGGAGAUUUGUGCCCUCUGGAAUGAGCAGCUGAAGGAAACGGUCCCUGGUGGCUGAGCAAGGAAAGAAAAAGGGGUCAAAUGCCUGCUUGCUAACUGAGCAAAGUCCUUUUCACUUUUCUUUUGCUCUGAAGUAACAGGAAUCGGGCCAUUUAAAACAUAAACAAAGGUGUGUGAAUAGAAGAGCCGGCUAAUUAUUGUUUUUUUUCAGCUGGAGAUUAAAAACCGGUUUGGAAUAUAUUUUAAUUACAGCUGUUGCCCUGAAAGAAGGAUUUAAGUUGACAAACUGUGGGAAAGAACUGCCUAUGCAUUCUCAGCUGCCAGGAGUUGGGGAAGUUGCCAGGUUACCAAUUUGAAAUCUUUAAAAUCUUGUCUGGUUUUGUUUUUUAAAACUACUUCUAUACUGCUCUUCGUCAAUCAUUCUAGAGCCAUUCACAGCAGUACAAAGAUAUUUUCUAUAAAAACCAGCACAUUAAAAUGCCAUUAAUUACACAAGUAUCCACUCUGAACCAGUUCCAUAUUAAUUGCAAACAUAUAACAUAUCCGUCUUUAGCCAGCUUCAGAAACUCCUUGGCGUCAGUUAUUGCCUUAUUUCAGAGCUUUCUUGAUGGGAGGAGAAAAACUCAAUUCUUAGCCGUCUUCUGUACUUUGCCCUCCCACCCAAACCCCACCUCUCACAGCAGCCCCAUAAGCACUUUACCUCAAGAAAAUUCACUGGAUGUCUUGCUCAGGCAGUAGUGACCGCCAGCAUGUCUUUUAUCUCACAAUUAACCUAGUUUAAAUGGGUGCAAGACUCUCCGUCCGCUCUCCUGCAAGAACAUGUCAGCAUUUUCGCUCCACUUUCCCAGCGGUGCUGCCAGAGCAAAGCAGCCCGCACAUUACCCAGCCAAACUGAGAGGGACAAGAAGGCACACAUUCUGCGGCUGUAGCUAUGAAUGCUGCUGCAGUUGGAGGGGGACGUAGAUGGUAAACCAGCCCUGGCUAGGGCAUUGGUUGCAGGAGAACAGAGGAUAUAUCCAGGCAUCCAGUCAUGUUUGCCAGUCUGUUCUGCUGUAUUGGUGCUACCACAGAAAAGGCUCUGUCUCUUGGGCCCACUUGCCAUACCUGCGGGGAAAGGGGAACAUGUAGCAGGGGCUUUGCAGGUGAUCACCAGAAAUAGCUGGAUUCAUAUAGUUGCAGAUACCUCGAUUUGUCAGCCAUGCUAAAAACUGCUGCUUUUCUGCCCUUUCCCAAAUAAAUGGCACAGGGAGGAAUUCCACAUUGUUCUAGGCUGAUGGUUCCAUCGGGAUGAGGGUUUUGGCUUCCUGGAUGGCAUGAUCCACCCUCCUCUCCACCCGUGGGCUGUUCUGAGGAUUCUCCUGAAAUCCCAUAAAACAUGGGGAACACAGCAGGACGAGGGAGGAAAAAGCCUCAUUGUGCAAGCGGAGAUCCUUGUGUGCAGGGCUUUGGCGGACAGGACUCAUUAGUUGAAUCCUGCCCAUUAAAAUUUGUGCACUGAAUUCUCAUAUAUUUACAUAAAAUAUCUUGCAGUUAAACAGAAGGCUCCUGGAUUACACACACUUAACUGCCACAUUACAUCAUACCUCCUCACUCUUUGCAUAUGUAUUUAGCAUAGACAUCACAAUCCAUUUCACAAUUAUUGUUGCUUCAUUGUGUGGGAAGGCUAUAUGAGCCUCUUUCCCAAAUGUCCUUCCUUGUUUGUUCUUCCAUAGACUGCAAUGUCCCCCCUUCUAAAACAGAGUAGCUACUAAAGUUGUUUUUGUUUAAUCCAAACCCUAUUCUAAUCAUUCUUACUCUAGGGAAUGUCCAAUGUGGGUUUAUAUCAAGCACCGUGGCUCUUAAGGGGAGCCAUUAAAAUAUAUACUGACAGAGGCUAUGUUACUGGACAGGCAAAAAAUGACAGCUUUUCUGUCUCGCUGCAACUCCAUGCUAGGGAAGCCAUACCUCUUGAACAUCUGCCUGUCAGGUUAAAGCCACAGAGCCUUGGUCAGGAAAAACGGUGGCAAGCAGCCAUUUGUGGGGAGGAGGGAUUUUGUUGUAAGCCCUGCAACAAUCAUGUUCCCCUUGCUGUGGUGAAGUGUCUGUGUGCCCAGCAGUUCUGAGAGUUACUCUGAGGCAGAGAUGAAUGUAGAAUCAGGUCCCCAGAACUCUCUGAAGGGCAACCUAUAGAUUCAGGUCAUAAUUAUGCAUACUCUUCCAGGAGUGGAAAUGGUAGGCUGGCAGGAUUGAUUCGGUAGUCCACUGAAGGCACCUGCAAUCCUAUGCACAGUUUCCUAUGAAUAAACUACAAGGAACACAAUGACUUUUUUCGUAGAUGUGUAAGAUUCCACUGGAAAUCAUAAGGCCCUCACUCCAUAUUUUCAAACUAUCACUUACAUUUCAAUAAUGCAAUGUUUUAAUCAGUUAAUUAAUGGAUAGUGAUAAUCUGUGUGUGGAAACUGGGUGUUCCUUCAGCUUUGCUAGCACAAGAUGGCAAAACACAUUAUGUGGUGCUGGCAAUAUCACAGGCUAAAACAACAGUGUUUAGAAUGACAGUGAAAAAUGUUUUGAUUGCAGAGGUCUAGUCGUUGUUCCACAGGUUGCUCAGAUACCACCAAAUGAACUCGCAUAUCUGCAUGCUUUUGAUAUGUGCACUUAAAGCAGCUUUCUUUCCCCCCAGAGUAUGUUGGGGAGCUUGUGAUGUGAAAACUUAAUUCCAUGCUGCAUGAAGAAACCCUUGUGGGCGUGUUCAACACCCACACAUGCAUGUCAAAACUAAUCUGAUAACCUAUUACCAAAUAUUACUUUGGAAGAGACAGUAUGUAUUUUAAUAGGCCUUCUUGCCAUAAUUGUACUGUUCAAAUUGCACGUUGAGAGAGUGUUGCUUCGCAGGAGCAACUCUUUGUACAUCAGUUUUAUAUAUAGGGUUAUUUACUAAAUGUGAAUAAUUGCUGUUUGCUUGGGGAUCUCUUCAAAGCAAGGCUGGCCAAAUACUUCUCAAAGAAUAAAAGAAAGAGCAGGGCUCCGUGGGAAGAGAAUGUAAGCUUGCAUGGACUGAGACUUGCUUUAUUGGCCUUUAGCACUAAAAUUUGAUGCAAGCACUGUAGCAAUCUUCCAUGUUGUACUGAUUCUGCAGGGCAAUGCUAGUCCUAUUGAAGCAUAUACUAGAAUAGGGUAGAGGAAACAUACAGCUCCCCUCAGUCACGUUCAUGUGUUGAAUACCAUUGGCUAUUGGCACAGUCAUUCACAGUUACACAGCUAUGGAACUAUAGGAUUUUACAGAUCUCGUCAAAUCUUGAAGCAUAUGUACUACCCGGACACUGAGGUCCAGCGCCGAGGGCCUUCUGGCGGUUCCCUCACUGCAAGAAGCCAAGUUACAGAGAACCAGGCAGAGGGCCUUCUCGGUAGUGGCGCCCGCUCUGCAGAACGCCCUCCCACCAGAUGUCAAAGAGAUAAACAACUACCAUACUUUUAGAAGACAUCUGAAGGCAGCCCUGUUUAGGGAAGCUUUUAAUGUUUGAUGUAUUAUGGUAUUUUAAUAUCUUGUUGGAAGCCGCCCAGAGUGGCUGGGGAAGCCCAGCCAGAUGGGCGGGGUAUAAAUAAUAAAUUAUUAUUAUUAUUAUUAUUAUUAUUAUUGUUGUUGUUGUUGUUGAUAGUGGUGGCUGGUAGGGCAGAAAGCAGAGAGACCACCAGCAGGCUGAGUUUGGCCAAUAACAGGCAAAGCCAACAAAUUCUAAUUUUGCACCCAUCCACCUCCCAGCUGAGUUAUGCAAAGGCAGCGCUGAGAUUAGGAAUCUAAGAAUCAUAGAAUUGUAGAGUUGGCAGGGACCCCAAGGGUCAUUUAGUCCAACCCCCUGCGAUGCAGGAAUGUCAGCUAAAGCAAAAUUCAGCUAAAGCAGAUGUCAGGCAGUGCCAUACCCUGGAUGUAAGGAGGAAGUGGAGGCUGGCUGACAAUGGUGGGGCAUUGCCCCAUUCACUCUUAAGGACCAGCCUAUUCAACAUACAGACAGAAGAACAACUAUUGUACAAAUCAUGUCAUUGCCUAGGAUAAGUAUUCUGCUUCAGAAGACACGGCAACCUCUUGAAAAAAUUCGGUUCGCCGCAGUAGCAAAAGGAAGACUAUAAAUGAUCAUAACCCGAUAAUAGCACUGACACUUUGCAUUGUUCAAGCUCCCAUUAUGUAGAAUUGGGGACAGAUAUCUAACCUUUGAUUGGCUUAUACAGGGCAUGUUAAAGGAGAUCAGAGGCAGUAUCCUCUAUCUGUGGCAAUUUGCACACACCAAGAGUGCUGGUCACUUAGCAGCGCAGUCCUAUGCAUGUCUAAUCAGGGAAUUCUGUGGUCCUUGCUCCCAGGUAAGUGUGUAUAGAGUUGCAGCCUCAAUGAUGCAGACACAAUCAUCAGUUUUCACUAAAGAGUGCAAAAAAAGACAAUAUUGUUGUUGGUUUAUUUAGCAUUUGUUUCCCACCAGAAUACAUAGUCUCCUUCCUGCUUUUACCCUUGCAACAAUCCUCUGAGUUUGGUUCGACUGAGGGAGGCAGACUUGUCCAAAGCCACACAGCGAUCUUCACAGGAAUAUACUGUUGCAGAAAAUGUGCUACUGCACACUGGUUAGAACUGGGCAGUUUAAUGUAAUCCUUUUAAUGUAAGGGUACCUCACUAUUCUGGGAAAGAGUGCCAGUUUUUAGCAAUCUCUAGUGCAGAUCCCAUAAGCAUGAAUGCAGACACCAAGAACAACAAUUCUUUGAGGUUGGGGGGGAGGUGACUGUGGUGCAGUGUAAGCUUUUUAUUCAGAAGCUCCUAGGUUCAAUCCCUGAAAGACAGAAGUCUGAACCCCGGAAAGCCAUUGCCACUCAGUGCAGACAGUACUAAACUACAUGGACCGAUGGCCUGACUUGGUAUAAGACAGGCCUCGACUACACCUACAACAGAAUUUGAACCCAAGUUACCUCUGUCUCCAGCACUCUAGCUCCUGCUCUAUUUUAGUUCAGGAUUAAGCACCAACCCGAAAACUGGCUAGCUUGCACUCAAUCCUAUGCAUUUUCCCCCCUUAGAAAGUUUCCUCCCUUAGUUACAGUGGAGUUUAUUCCCAAGUGUGUUUAUAGGACUUCAGCCUGAAGACUCUUCAGAUGUUCAGUCUCUCUGUGAAGCGUCUUGACUCGCCUGUCUCAGCUUUUGGGUCUGUGUGUGACAAUGUACAUUAUUCUUUCUGUGCUUCAGCAAUGAGAAAAUUGAAAUUGGUUUGUUAUGGUUGAAAAUAUUGCUGGGAGCCUCAUGCAAAGUGGUAUGAACUAGAAAGACAGUCUGCUGCUUUUGGGUGGCGGGGAGAGGGAAAAGGUGUGGAGACUUUGAAGUUUACCAGAGGUGCUGCAAUUUAUAAUAUUUCCUCACAAACUUGCAGUGGUGGAAUGGAUAUCUAUUCUAAUAACAACAGCAUCUAUUCAGUGUUUUUGAGUGUUUGAAGAACUUCACAGAAAUUAUGUCAGUGUGCCUUACAAGAACCUUGUGAGGUCGGUCACUCUUAUUUUCCCCAUGAUAUAGAUAGGGGCUGAGGUUGGAAACAUACGGCUUGUUUUAAGGCCACCUGGAGAGGUUGUGGUAGAGUCAAGAUUACAAUUACAGGCUUCUUUGUUCCACGGAUCAGCCAUGAUUGUACAUCUCUCAUGCUGGGAGUGGUGGGGGCAGAGAGGCUAAAAAAAUUUUUAGGGGGGAAUCAUGGCAUCACAGCUGGCGACUGGCAAGAGUGAUAAAUAAAUUUAAUUUAAAAUAUGACUUUUGGGGGGAACCUAAAAAACCUUUUGGAGAGCCAAAUGUGGCUCAUUGACCUUGUUUAGCAAUCACUGCCUUUACAUUUCAAACAUUGCUACAUAGACAGAAAGCUUCCCAGGCCUGCAACUUGAACAUGAGUUGCCUAGCUGAAGGGGUUUUUUUCAGGGGAAACUUACCAGAACUCAGUUCUGGCACCAUUGCCAUUAUAACAGAACGAAGGAGGCAUUCAUGGUGAGUUCCGGCACCUCUUUUUCUAGAAAAAUAGCACUGCGGUAGAUGCAAAUACCUUGCUUUAUAAUGAAUUAUUUCUGUUGUAUUUUCUGCAUUCUAGCAUCCCACCCAUGACUUUCAUAAACUUUGUAUCAGCUCAGCGUUUCACUGCUACUGCCAUUUCUGUGUUUCUAGCUCUCUCCAGACCUCACAAGUAGCACAUCUCAGGACUAGUUCAUUCUUCUUCUCCCUCAGGAAUGGGGAGCAAGAUGAUUCCGGUGCCUUAUGAGGAGACCUGGUCAGCUCCUAUAUUCUGCCAGCAUCGUGUGAACUGCCCUGAGAUCUAUGGUUAUAGGGCUGUAUACAACUUUAAUAAAUAAUAAUAAUAAUAAUAAUUUGCAUUUUACACUCAUUUCUGUUUCAGCUGGGACAUUUGCAUUUGUUUAGAAUAGUAACUUCAGUUAGGCUGAUUGAAGUGAAGGUUCUGUGAGUCACCCACUUACAUAUAUUACUCAUUUGUAACUUAUAUCUGAUACGUUUAUCUCCAGAUAACCAACAUAAUUCUCCCACUUGAGAGUUUCCACUUUAGAUUUAUAAUAGUCCUCUGGCAUUUAUAGGCAGGAUAACAGAUAGAAUUGACUGUUGAUUUUAUCUAGUGAAUUUAUUCUCCAGAUACAGAAUUUACACUUCUCCGUGUUGUUUUACAGAUCAACUGUGGGCUCCCAGCUGGGAGAUAAGGUACCGUUGAUAUAUUACUUUUCAUACAUGGGUUCAUUGUCUGUUGCUGCGCUUUCCAAGUGUUUAUGUAGGGGUGAAGGACCUCAGGCCCAGGGGCAAAGGACAGCCCCCCAGGCUUCUGCCUGACCCUUGGGACUCCCUGCAAGGCACACCCUUUCCCCAGCCACUCCACUUUCCUUGAAUGUUUUGGCCUGCCUGGAAUGUGCCCUGUAACUCUGCCUGGAUAUGCAGAGAGGGCUGUGUGUGCAUACAAACCAGCCCACUGUGCAAAGGCAUAAUUUACAUCAGCUGCUCCACCCUUUUCUGCCUUUAGCCCUGCCCACCCUGGGAGGUUGCCUGGAAUGGAAUGUGCACUUUCUUUUUCCAGGACUGUAAAUCAGCCCCUCUCAACCUGGGUCUCCCAGAUGUUGUUGGAAUACAGCUCCCGUCAUCCCUCGCUAGCAGGACCAGUGGUCAGGGAUGAUAGGAGUCCUACAACUUCCAGAGACCCAAAGUUGAGGAAGGCCGAUAUAAAUGGUGACUCAUUUUGUGACAUAAGGAUUGUGUAAUCCUUAUUGUGUGUUUGCUAAGAUUUGUUGCUGCAAAACUAAGAUGAAGUAAUCCCUAAUUAUAAUUCCUAUUUAGCUCGGAUGGAAAUUCUAUGAUGGCGACGACUACCAUCCAGAAGAGAACAGAAAGAAAAUGGCAGCAGGAAUACCUCUGAAUGACCAGGUAUGGCAUAUACUCCAGAAGCCAAAGAACUCUUUGAAACAGUAAACCCAGUUAAAUGGAUUGCAGAGUAGCUGCAUGGACACAUGUGCACACACCAUUGUCCUUUUUCAUAUAACCAUUAUUCACUAUCCACCAUGAAUACGGCAUCUGUAGACAGAGAAGCCUCAUCUUCCCUUCUCAGCUGCCUGUGAACAAGCAAAGUGUUUACAAUUAGGGGGAACAGGAAACCUCUGUAUGCCUCCCACAUCCCAGUCAACCAUAAUCUGCAGGUUACUUGGGCUCUGAUGGAUUGCUGCUGUGCCAGCAGACCAAGAACUCUUUUUCUUUUGUCUGUUGAAUUGAGGCUGCAAUCCUGUGCACACUUAACUUGGAAAUGAACUUCACUAAACACAGGGAGGCUUACUUCUGAGUAAACAUCCCGGCUACAUUUGAAUAGGUGAGCCGUGUUUUUCCUCUUAUACAACUCUGGGUUGCAUCCAGCUAAAUUGCUGUGCACGUGAAAUGACUUCCGUGAGCCACAUUCUCCUGCCCUUGCACGCCACCCACACCCCUAACCAAUCUGCUUUGUGGGGCUAGGGGAAACACAGAGAUUUGUGGGGGUGCACAGAGGAAGUAGAGGGAAGGCAAGUUUCACUGAAGUUGUGGAAACUGUUCCGCAUGUGCAGUUAUUUAGUUGGCUAUAAAAAUUCUAAACUUCUAGCCGUGCAAUAAUUGCAUAUGUUUAACUCUGUCAUUGUAAUCAGUAGGAUUUUAAAAUUUAUUUACAGCAUAAUCUUAUGCACAUUUAACUCAGAAACAAGUGGUGGUUACUUCCCCAGGUGUGCAUAGCAGGAGUAGCCAAUGUGAUGCCCUCCAGAUAUUGCAUGGUCAAUGAUCAGGGAUGGUGGAAGUUGUAGUCACAUUGGCUACCCCACAUUGGCUAGGAUUGCAGCCUUGCUUUGGUUGGAUGAGCUGUGACCGCAGACAAAAACACCCACUUAUUACACAAGUGCAAACCCAGUGAAGUAAAAAUGUUCUCACUGAAGCUGUUUCCGAAGGCGUGGUCUAUAAAUCUUACUUCUUUGGGUUUAAUUCCUUUGAAGCCGUUUUGACUACACUGCUAGACACUGUCUGUGAAUAGUCCUCUUUGCAGGAUACUUUUACCAACCAGAAAUAAGUAGAAAGAUCCAUCACAAUGGAUCUUCCUUCCUUCCACUUUAUAUCAGUUAGUGCCUGUGCUUUUUCAAACGACGUACACAAGUUAACAGGAACUGCCAGUGAAAAUCAACUAAAAAUAUUAUACAGUGGUAAGUACUUAAUUCGUUCAGAAAGUCCGUUCUUAACCUGAAACCGUUCUUAACCUGAGGUACCACUUUAGCUAAUGGGGCCUCCUGCUGCUGCUGCCACGCCGCCGGAGCACGAUUUCUGUUCUCAUCCUGAAGCAAAGUUCUUAACCUGAGGUACUAUUUCUGGGUUAGUGGAAUCUGUAACCUGAAGCGUAUGUAACCCGAGGUACCACUGUAUAACAUACCAUCACAGGCAACUUUUUAAAGGAAACUGAACAUAUGAAUAUCAGCCACUGUUUUGGAAUGUGGCUGGCCAAAAGCAGACUCCACUUACACCUUUGCAAUCGUUUUUAUAACACGUAAAAAUGCAACCAUUUUCUUAAUACUAUAUACAGAAAUAGCUACCUUGCAUAAGUGGAUGAAACGAUUAUGCUACAUCCAGCAUAUCUCUCGUGCACAUUACUAUACAAUUUUCACAUGGCUAAACUCAAGAUUUACUAAGGAUGUCACCGCAAGGAGCAGUAUCACCCUCAAAAUAACAGUUCAUAGGAUACACCUAAGAACAUCUUUUAUAGGUGUCUCUUUUCUGGCCUUGCCAACACUACGAAGCUUAUGCCGGUGAAGGGAGCAGAUUGUUUCUGAUGAAUGAACUGGUGGCAUGAAACUGUGAAAGCCGCAUGGAAGACAGGAGUGUGCUUCAUAGUGAAUGAACAGUCUCCCACCUCCUUCCCAGCCCGGCAGACUUUCGAGCUGUCAUUUAUAAAACUUGUCCUAACACAAGCUAGACAGAAAGGUGAAGCUUUAAUGCUGAGCAAUUACAAAGAAAUCUGCAGGCAAUAUAAAGCUUAAAUUGGAUUAGGUUGAGAAGCUGAUCAAUCAUUUUGAUUGUAUUUGCCAUACUCAUUUGAGCCAAGUGAACUAGCAGGCAGAAGUCAAUCCCUCACUAAAGAUUCAUAUUGAAGCAGAUGUGGCUAUGGUGAUGAUGAUGAUUUGUGAUUGCUGUUAAUAUGAAGAGGCUAUGAUGUACUUCUGGCAGAAAACCUGAGAGUAUUAGGCGUUAUUAUUUCAGGUAAAAUGGCAGAAUUUGCUUAAGCCUGUCUGUUUUGUCUGUCUUGUUUCUUAGGACAGAAUCCCAUGGCUUUGCCACCUGCAUGACAUAUUAUUGAGGUAUGAAAGUGACUGAAUCUUAAGAAACUUGAAACUAGUGUUGUGCAUUCUGCUGUAGAACCCACACAAUUGCCAAAAACUGCUGCUGGAGUAUGGAGCGCAUUAAGUUUUGUUGAAAGAUAGAUUUCUAGCCCCUAAGACUAUAUAGCUGAAUAGGAUUUCCAGUAGCCAAGAGCUCAGUCUUAAAUGCCUUACUUAGCUCUGCUUCCAUGACUAGCAGGACAGAUUUCUGUAACACACAUUAACCGCUUAUAGUGAGAGCAAACUAUUAGAAAGCCAGUAGGUAGGACUAUAGACAAGGAACCUUUGGGCCUCUGAAUUUUGUUGGCCUCCAAUUCGCAUCAGUCCCACCCAACACAGCCAUUGAUGAGGGAUGUUCUGGUCCAACAACAGCUGGAGGACCAAAGGUUCCCCAGCCCUGCUAGAGGUCUUGGAGAGCUGGAAUCAAAGCUUAGUUCUGCGGUAACUUCUUGCGUAAUCUAGCAAACUGACAGUAAAUGGCUUAAUUGCAGGAAGGAUCAUACAACAUAGCCCUAAUGGGGAUGAUACCACUUGUGUAUGUGAGGGGGAAUACAUGACUAAAUGCUCCCCCAUGUCACUAUUUUUGCUUGUGGAAAAACUACUAUACUCUACCCUAGCUUCCUUUCUACAUGCAGGGGGCUUGUUGCAUGAGCGAGAAUUCAGAAAUACUAUAUGUGUUUGAAGGUAGUGCAAACUAGCUGGGCCGUUCCUUAAACUCGGUCCUAAGGAAGCUUAAUCACAAUGUGCAUAAUAUUUUACUGAGGUGUGCAAGUAAUAAUAUUUUUUCCUUUUUGUAGGGAACAAGCAUCAGGACAGAAUGCAAUUUUAGCCUGCUCAGCCCUGAAAAAAAUGUAUAGAUGCAUUUUGGAGAACAGAGGGACUGGUGGUGACUGUGGUCACCUAGAGGAACAUGAGACACCUCCAUCACUAAAUAUCCUUUUUGUCCACUUAGCCGGCCCUAUGAGCCUAAUUGCUAAACGGCUGGAGAAGAGAAAGGGACAUUUUAUGCCACCUGCUCUACUCCAGUCUCAGUUUGAUACUCUCGAACCUCCAUCACCCCCAGAAAAGUCUAUUACUGUCAGUUUAGAAAAGUCCGCUUCAGAAAUUGUAUCUGAAAUCGAAGAAUAUAUUAAAAACUUGAAUUGUUAAUUGUACCAAGUUGGUUCCUGCACUACAAUACCAUCUCAAAACAAAGACAUCGCUCCUACAAUUUCUCUUUAAUUAAGAAGUAGAAUUUUAUGCAUUGGCUCCCCCCCCUUGUGAAGAGCACAAAAUAAAAGACAUUUUAAGUCA